AUGGGGAAGUUGGACGACUACGUCACAAUGCGGCAAGUCUUCAGCACAAGCCAUGGGAAGAAAGUUAAGAUCGCAUCCAAGUACACUUAUCGAACUUUAUUUUUGAAUGGGGAAACCAGUGACAUUAAAAUCCAUGCUCUGGGGAAAAUAUGGUGUUUACACAAAAAUUUAUGUCAGCCAGGCUACUUUGCUAAUAUGUUCAGAGGUUCUUGGAAAGAAUCUCACAAAGAUAUUAUCGAACUGGAGAUUAGUAACCAGAAUGUAGAUGUAGAGUCCUUGCACUUUGUACUAGUUUCCUUGUACAGGGACGAAUACGCCUUAAUGGAGCCCCUUCAAGUUCCAGGAGUUUUGGCAACCGCAUGCCUGCUUCAGGUAAAGGACUUAAUUCAGCAGUGUGAUGAGACAAGGAGGAAAACGAUUAAUGUGAAAACUGUAUGUGGUUUUUAUGCAGCAGCAGAAACCUAUGGAUUAGAUUCUGUAAAGACAGGGUGCUUUGAGUGGCUUCUUCACAAUUUGAGGACACACCCGAGUGUUGAACUUUACAAAGAACUCAGUAUAGAGCUUAUGAAUCUGCUCAUCUCUUCUUCUAAUUUACUAGUAAUGCAAAAAGAAAUGGAUGUGCACACCACACAUAAAGAGUGGAUGUUCCGUCGCCUGAACCCGGCUUGGAAAGGCUCAGUGAAACAGCUUUUAGUGGAUACAAACAACGGGCUUUGCAGGCACAGGGAACGUGUUGGUAACGCUGCCUUUCUUGAAACAAAAGAAGGCACAACAUUUCAACCAGUGUUUAAAAAAUUGAGGUUUCAGCAUAUCAUCUGUGACCUGGCCUCCACAAAAGCUAUUGAAUGAGAUACUCUAAUACCUUUGGAAUGGCUAUCAUCUGUUUACAAACAACAAUGGUACAGGGAAAUUGGGCCUCAAGACGUCAAUGAAAUAGAACUUGAAAGAUACAGCAUGAGGUGUGGUAAAAGGAUUAUCAAGGAUGGAAAAUACUGCUGGAAGUGGCCUGGUUACAACUUUGGCUUUCCCUUACACGUCAUCUUUACCAGCCAUUGUAUAAUUUUUAAGCAAAACACUUUCAGUCAGCUAUGUGAAGUUUCUGCCUGUUUACAACCUCUACGAAAUGUUGCAUUCAGAUUAACUUUGGUAUAUUUUGAUUCUAGUGGAAAACUAAGUUUCAGCAAAACAACUGGUUAUAAAACCCUUACCUUUGAAAAGGAUGAGGAACGAGUGGUAAUGAAGUUGAACAGCAUAGUUCUGAGUUUCCCUUUAUAUAUAUUCCGUAACUUUCUAUUUAUGUCCUUAGAAAACACAGGAAACUGA